GUUCACCUACCGUAAUCGCCGCGCGUCCCCCUCUCUCUGUACUUCGCCUUCGACUUCAUUGUGAAACGCAAAAUAAAAUAGUUUUUUUAAUCUGACUGUCCUCGCAUUACAAAUUGCCAGUUAAAAUAGCCAGCAAAUCAAUUUACAUAAUAUUGGAAAAACACAUAAAAAUAACAAAACACACACGGGCUGGCAAAUUGAUAGGCGCAGGCUGUGUGAGUGUGUGUAAACAGCGAGAUCAAAUAGUGAAAUGCAAAAGUGCUUUUCAAUUGAAAAGCGGGCGGCAGAAAAGUGAAAAUUAACGCGGUUUGCGACGUGUUUGCAUUUGGAACGGAAUCAGUGAAAACCAGUAAAAUGUCGAGUGCAGAAGACGGCGAGCUGGACCCCCAAAUUCAGAUUGAGCUGGAGAAUCUCAAUAGUGCAACCGAUGAGAUUAAUAAGCUAGAAAUUGAGCUAGAGGAGGCCAAUUCUACCUUUCGCAUCCUUUUAAAUGAAUCUACGCGCCGGCUUAAGCUGUCCUCUAAGAAGUUGGGCAACUGCAUAGAGAAGGCUCGACCCUACUACGAGGCUUUAGACAAGGCACGCGAGGCACAAAUCGAAUGCCAGAAGGCGGCAGUUAAAUUCCAGCGAGCUAAUGAAAUCCACGCCGCUGCCAAGGAAACGGUGGCACUGGCCGAGCAGAGGUUUAUGUCCAACUCGCAUGAAUGGCAGUUCGACAAUGCCUGGCAGGAGAUGCUCAAUCAUGCCACCCAGAAGGUGAUGGACGCCGAGACCCAGAAAGCCGACUGUCACGCAGAGCACCAGAGGCUCACCAAGCUCUUCAACACCGCCGAGCAAAAGCUGCAGCAGCUUGAGGAUCGCUUCCGGCGGAGCAUAAACAAGUCGAGGCCGUACUUCGAGGAGAAGCAGGUGUGCCAGGACCAGCUGCAGACGCAAAAGAAUCGCAUCCAGGAGCUGCAGCAGCAGGUGGCCGGUGCCAAGAGCACCUACUCGACGGCAUUGCGUAAUCUGGAGCGGAUCAGCGAGGAUAUACACAGGCAGAGGGGUGAUUUUCCCACUCCGCCAGGACCCCGCGAGCCGGGUGUUGGAGCAGAGUUGAACUCGCCGACUUCCAGUGCCUUGCCAUCGCUGCCGGAUUUCCAGAUGGAGCUCGAGAAAUGCGACUAUCCCUCCAUAGCAGGCAGUCAAAUGUCUUUGGGUGUGAAAACUCCUUUAGCAGCUGCCGAAACUGAGGAUGAGGAGGAUGCCUGCGACUACGAUGAGACGGGAGCGGGCGAACUCAGGGGCGUGGUGGACGAACGCGAUUUGGAGGCCCUACGGCAGAAGGUCAAGAUCCUAGCAGUGCGUCCCAUUGAGGGUGGGGAUGGCCAGCAGCAGAAUGACGUGUGGGAGCAUGAACUGAAGGACACGGUGGAUAAACUGGAUCACUUGAUGAUGCUCAAAGAAACUGCCAAAAGGCAGCAAACGAAUCGCUUGAAGUCCACCGAACAGCGACCCGAUUCUCUGGGCGCCGAGGCCCUCAAACGCCACUGCGAUGUGGUCGAGGUGAAGGUCACCACCUGCGCCACCACCGCCAGCUUGCCAGUCACCCCCCAGCACCAGCUAAAUCACCUUGCACCGCCAACGCCCAUCAAGAAGCUGCAGCAGCAGCUGGCGCCCUUGCCCUCGGUGAAUGUCUCCAUGCGGGAGCUGCCCCUGUUGGCCAGGUUGUCCAACGAGCUCCUGGAUCGCAGCAGUGCUGCCUUCGGAGGAGUGCGCAAGCAGCUGCGCAGGCGCUCCCUGGAAUAGUGAGCAUAUUGGGGGCUUUCCCAGCCAGCCCCAUAUCAGAUUUG